GACUCAGUUACACAACCCUUCUGCCCCUCACUACUGCUUCGCUACCUCUUGACUUGGUAACAAAGGAACUUCUUUCUCCUUCUCCAACAAUGGCUGAGAGUUUUGUCCAGAGCAAACUCUCCCCAUCCAAAGUGACCAUGUUUGAGAAGAGCUCGUGUCCUUUUUGUAUCAGAGCAAAAGGCAUUCUGAAGAAGUACAAGUUUAAGGAGGGACAUCUGGAAAUCAUUAAUAUCGCCAAUCUGGAUAUCAUGAGCAGUCUACAAGAUUACUUCUUAAAGACCACUGGAGAGAGAACGGUACCUCGGAUAUUUAUUGGAGAGAAAUGCAUUGGCGGCUGUUCUGAUCUAACACAACUAGAUGGCAGUGGAGAGCUAGAGAAGUUGCUGAUAUCGAUUGGAGCCCUGGAGUAAUGAAACGAAGCCUAUGGCUGGUUCCAGUGCAAAUUCCAUGUCUUAAGUAACAUUGUUGCCAUGCUAAAUAUUUAUUGGAUUUUUCAAUUAAAAUUGGCAUUAAACUGAU